AAAAAAAAAAAAAUAAAUCAUGGGAUUCUGCAAUUUUCAUCCCAAAGAAGAAGUUGUAGGGGUCUGUGCCUUGUGCUUGAAUGAAAGGCUUCAAAUUCUAGCUUCAAAAAAUGGCUAUCUUCAAGGAACUUACAGCCGCAAAAAGACUCAAAGACCCCUGCCAAAGAUUUUUGCUUUAAGCAAUCUGCUCAAUCGACUUGAUAUUGGACAGCAGAAAUCUGAGGGUAAUUUUGGCAGUUCCUCUAGCAGUCAAGAAGACUCUUUCAUAUCAAUCAAGUUUGAAGAUAAUGGUGAAAUUUCUUGGAACCAAAAAUGGAGAAACCCUAAUGGCAAGAUCAACAGUGUAGCUAUAGAGCAAUCGAAACCGCGCGCAGCGCUGAGGUGGCAAAAGCGGAUUGGCAAUCUAUUCCAGCUCAUCAAAUGGAAGAGGUCCAGCAAAGGAAAUGUUUGCCACGUGGGCACUAAAUUAGACAGGUCCAAGGUUAGAUAUGGAUGGAUAAGGACACUGAGAAAGAGGACUAAAGAAUAAAGGGUUAUGUAUAGAAAAAGAAAAAGAGUCUUGAACUGUUUAUCCAAUGAGCCCACAAUAUUUUAUGCUUAGGAGCAAAGGCUCAAUGAAAAUUACAAUUUUAUAUAAUUGUAAUUGUAUAGUGAUAUUUUUACCCUUAUUAAAAAUUUCACGUGCA